AUGGCUGAUCCAACGUCGCCGCCACCGCCGUUGCUGGCGCUCCACCUGCAGCCACCUACCAGAAGCGCUCCUCGCCAGGAUCCGGAGAACGCCCUCGCCAUUCCCCUUGCAGUGCCUCCAACCACACCGCCAGUCCCCGCGCCGCCCGCGAGAAGAACGCCGCGCCAGACCACGCCGCCCGCGAGAAGAAAGCCAUGGUCUUUCCACACCUGCACUGCUGAGAGAGCGAACCCCCACAGUCACCCUCAACUAGGGCGAGGAGUUGCAGCCUCCUACCACGCCGUGCAAGGACCAGGACCACCACGACGACCUUCACCCGCCAGGGGACUGCCGCGCGACGGAACCAACCCCGCAGGCCCAGAUCAAAAACGGAUCUGGAUCUGA